CACCUAAAUGCCAAAAAAUGUCGUCAACACCUUCAUCGGUGACGACACCACUGUCGGCAUGGUGGAAUAAUAUGUCGCUGUCGGGUAUCUACCCAUCAAUCUCCACCUCAACUCCAUCUUCCUCAUCCUCGUGGAGCUCGCAUUUCGUAUUUGGCGGACAUCAUCAUCAUACGAACAACAACACGGCGAACACUCCGCAAUCUACAGUACCCCCGUCGGCGCUGUCGUCGGGUUAUACUGAAGAUAUUACGGUGGCCGGAUCACUGUUGAAGGAUAAAAUUAAUGGAUUAGUUGAUUCUCUGAUGGGAAGAGAGUCGGUUCAUUCCGGGUGUGGUUACGGGGAAGAUGGACGAAUUGCCAUGAUGGUGGAUAAAGUAUGCCUUGUCGAUCGCCUAGGGUGUCAGGAGAAUCUAGUCGGCACAGUCCAUGUCACAACUACACACAUCAUCUUCCGAGCUGAAAAUGGAUCAAAAGAGUUAUGGCUGGCGACUGGGCUCAUUUCUUCAGUGGAAAAAGGGACGCUAACAGCUGCCGGAUGUAUGCUAGUGAUUAGAUGUAAACAUUUUCAGGUGAUAACACUUCUGAUCAGUAGAGAUAAAUCGUGUCAAGACCUAUACGAGACGCUUCAACGUGCCGCAAAACCUGUUUCAGUGAACGUGACGGAACUGCUUGCGUUUGAGAAUCGAGAACCCGUAGAAGACGUUCGGGGAUGGAGAAGAUUGGAUUGGAAUUCAGAAAUGACACGGCAAGGGAUCACAAAGUCACAAUGGACAGAAUCGAAUAUCAAUGAAGGAUACACGAUCUGCGACACUUACCCCAAUAAGCUGUGGUUUCCGACAGCGGCCUCCACAUCAGUUCUACUAGGAUCCUGCAAAUUCCGAAGCCGUGGCCGUCUUCCAGUACUGACCUACUUCCAUCAACAAACUGAAGCCGCUUUGUGUAGAUGUGCACAGCCUCUGACGGGAUUCUCGGCACGAUGCGUAGAGGAUGAGAAGCUUAUGGAGUUGGUAGGAAAAGCGAAUACAAACUCGGACAACUUGUUCCUGGUAGAUACUCGGCCGCGAGUCAACGCGAUGGUGAAUAAGGUUCAGGGAAAAGGAUUCGAAGAUGAGAGGAACUAUUCAAAUAUGCGAUUUCACUUUUUCGACAUCGAGAAUAUUCAUGUGAUGCGGGCAUCUCAGGCACGUCUCCUCGACGCGGUGACCAAGUGUCGUGACGUCACAGAAUACUGGAAAACGCUUGAGGCUUCUGGAUGGUUGAAGCACGUGCGGAGUGUUGUCGAAUGCUCACUUUUUUUGGCUGAAUCCAUCAGUCGAGGUACAUCAUGUGUCGUUCAUUGUUCGGAUGGAUGGGAUCGGACUUCGCAAGUUGUCGCACUUUGUCAACUUCUUCUUGACCCAUACUACCGUACUAUUCACGGAUUUCAAGUUCUCAUCGAGAAGGAUUGGCUCGGUUUUGGACAUAAAUUCGAUGAUCGGUGUGGACAUGUGGGGGCGUUGAAUGAUGAAGCCGGAAAAGAAGUUUCACCGAUUUUCACUCAAUGGUUGGAUUGUAUUUGGCAAAUUAUGCAACAAAAACCACGAGCCUUCCAGUUCAACGAACGAUAUCUGAUUGAGAUGCACGAGCACGUCUAUUCAUGUCAAUUUGGAACAUUUAUUGGAAAUUGUGAUAAAGAUAGAAGGGAUCUAAAUCUGUCAAAACGCACGAAAUCUCUGUGGACUUGGAUGGAUGCGCGUCAUGACGACUAUAUGAAUCCAUUUUAUUCGCCUACCGCACACGUUGCUCUACUGGAUCUUGACACUCGUGCAGCUCGCUUCACAGUUUGGACUGCAAUGUAUAAUCGAUUCGACAAUGGUCUACAACCAAGAGAACGGCUUGAAGACCUAACUAUGGCUGCGAUGGAGCACGUUGGAGUACUAGAAUCCCACGUGGCACAGUUGAGAACGAGACUAGCCGAACUGAAGACACAACAAAAUCAACAGAUAACUUCAACGAAUACACCGACGAAUAUGGUUGAUAGUGGAAUGAGCAGUGCAACUGAUGAUUUGAAGAAUCUCAGUUUAAGCCAUCCUUUGGAUCCAUUGAGCUCUACACUACCGAUUCUGGAAAGAGCAACAAGUCAAGAAAGUGGAGUCAUGGAUUCAUCGUUAUACUAUCCUGAUGAGGCUCUGACCAAAUAUUCACUAAAAUGGCAACCUCUUCGUGGAGCCGAUAGAUGCUCAAAUCCAGCGUGCCGAGGGGAGUUCUCAUCGACGAUUGAGAGAAGAAUUCAUUGUCAUUUGUGUGGAAUGAUUUUCUGCCGCCGCUGCCUCAAAGUGUCUGCAGACGAACGUGAACGAGUAUGUGACAAGUGCAAAACUGAUUGAUUUAUUGAUUUUCUUUUCAUUCUUUCAAUUUUUUAAUUUAUUUCCCUACUUACCAAUUUUUCCUCUUUUUAAUUUUUACCUUGUAUCAAAUUUUAUAUAUUUCCCCAUGCCCACCGAAAUGCUUGUGAUCACUUUUUGUAUAUUUUGCACGGGUUUUAACACUUUUGAGCCACUUGAGAUUAUAUGCAUAAUUUAUUUCAGAAAAAAUAAACUCUUUGAAAUUA